ACCAAACACUUAACGUCUGACGAGUUGACAUUUGCAGGGCAAGGGGCGAGGGAGGACAGGACUAUCCAAGAUGGCGGCUUGAACAGACGCUUUUUUACCGAGCUCCGUACCAAACUUCAGAAAGAUUGUGAUUAAAAAAAAAAAUUGUUCAAGAUAUAAGACCUUUCCUGUGACUGGAAUAAUAAUUGGAUCAUUUAUUUCAACAUGUCCAUGCAAAGUCGUGACAAAACAAGAAAGGAAGAAGUUAACCGUUCUAUUGCUAAUCAACAAGAAAGAAACGUGCUUAUAGACAACUGCCAUAACUACGCUUGGCCUAUGGAUAAUAUCAUGCUUUUGAAUGCUGUUGAAGAUGACGAAUUCCCCUCUUUACCGGUUACUCCGUGCAAACCUCCACCCUCCAAAAACCCCAACAUGAACUCUGACAUCGUGGCUACCCUCUCCUUACUCAUCAACUCCAGGUUUGACGCCAUUGAGAAAAUGGGCUACACGUCGUUCUGGAACGACUGCAUCUCGUCGGGGCUGCGUGGCUGCAUGCUCAUCGAGCUGGCCAUCAGAGGACGACUACAGCUGGAGACCUGUGGCGUGAGGAGGAAAAGCCUGCUCGCCAGGAAGGUGAUCUGUAAGUCAGAUGCUCAGACGGGAGACGUGCUAUUGGACGAGGCUCUGAAACAUGUGAAGGAGACCCAGCCCCCAGAGACGGUGCAGAGCUGGAUUGAGCUGCUCAGCGGCGAGACGUGGAACCCUCUGAAGCUGCACUACCAGCUGAGGAACGUGAGGGAGCGCCUGGCCAAGAACCUGGUGGAAAAGGGCGUGCUGACCACGGAGAAACAGAACUUCCUCCUCUUCGACAUGACCACUCAUCCGCUCACCAACAACAACAUCAAACAACGCCUCAUCAAGAGGGUUCAGGAGGCCGUGUUGGAGAAAUGGGUCAACGACCCGCACCGCAUGGACAAACGGAUGCUCGCCCUCAUCUUCCUGGCCCACUCGUCUGAUGUCCUGGAGAAUGCCUUUUCCCCCUUGCUGGAUGACCAGUAUGACCUGGCCAUGAAGAGAGUACGGCAGCUCCUGGACCUGGAGCCAGAGGGGGAGAGCACGAAGACCAACGCCAAUGAGUUGUUGUGGGCCGUGGUGGCCGCCUUUACCAAGUGACCUGACCUACCACCUUCAGACACCAGAGGGUGCUGUUGGUUUGGUGUUGGUUGAUGACGGUGGGGUUGAGGGAGAGGACAGGACAGUUUGGGGAGGGACAACGAGGAGAGGGCUGGUCUGUCUGGCCCAUCAAGGUAGUGACUUGACUGACUUGAGGUCACCUCUGUCUUUCUGAAGAGACUGGCCUGCUCCAGACCUGUCCCACAGCUUUCUGAACAGAAUGGUCUGUUCCAAACCUGUCCCACAGCAUUCUGAACAGAAUGGUCUGUUCCAAACCUGUCCCACAGCAUUCUGAACAGAAUGGUCUGUUCCAAACCUGUCCCACAGCAUUCUGAACAGAAUGGUCUGUUCCAAACCUGUCCCACAGCAUUCUGAACAGAAUGGUCUGUUCCAAACCUGUCCCACAGCAUUCUGAACAGAAUGGUCUGUUCCAAACCUGUCCCACAGCUUUCUGAACAGAAAAUAUCUCCCUCUCCCUCGGUCCUUCUCCUUUUCCCUUCAUCGAGCUCUUUCUCUCUGCAAAGAUGUCAUUUAAUCACUCACUUUUACAAGAAAUAAAAACUCUCCCUGAUGGAGUGACAAGCAAGGUUUUGAAUACUGGACUGCAAUAUCCAAUCAUCAUCCUCUUCCUCCCUGGACAAAUCUUUCACAAAUGUCUUCAAAGUAUGUAUGUUAUUCUCUACAGGUAUCUAUCUAGCUCUUAUUCACUAUAACCGACAGUGAGCUCCAACAGUAUUGGGACAUUGACCCAUUUGUUGUUGUUUUGACUCUGUACUCCAGCACUUUGGAUUUAAAAAUGACACAAUGACUAUGAGGUUAAAGUGCAAACCGUCAGCUUUAAUUUGAGGGUAUUUUCAUCCAUAUCGGGUGAACCGUGUAGAGAAGUACAGAACUUCUUGUACAUUGUCCCCCCCAAUGACUACUUUAAUAUACAUAUAAGAACAUUUGUCCCAAUACUUUUGGUCCCCUAAAAUGGGUGGGAGGACUAUGUACAAAAAGAAAAUGCUUUAAUUUCUCAACAGUUCACGUGAUAUGGGAUGAAAAUACCCUCAAAUUAAUGCUGACAGACUGCACUUUAACCUCAUAGUCAAUGUAUCAGAGCCAAAACAACAAAUAUGUCACUGUCCCAAUACUUUUGGAGCUCAGUGAUGCAGAUUCCAUGUACGUGGAACACGGUAGUAGUAUAUUAAUUGAAUACUAGAUCAUUUUCUUCCUGACAAGUCUUGGAUUUGAUUUCCUCUCCAACAUGACGACAUGGUCUGAAGUUUCCUGUUUCUGUUUUACUCUCAUGUUUUGUGGAUGAAAAGCUUCCCUAGUUACGGUGUCUGGGUUCCCGACCACGGCUCCAUCUGAAAUCUAUCCUACUACGUAGACACUGAGUGUACAAAACAUUAGGAACACCUUCCUAAUAUUCAGUUACGCCCCCCUUUCUGCCCUCAGAACAGCCUCAAUUCAUCAGGGGUAUGGGACUCAAUUCAUCAGGG